GAAGCCACUGGAGCCGAGGAAGAGGAGACACAGGGUGAAGUCACCGGAGCCGAGCAGGAGACGCAGGGUGAAGCCACUGGAGCCGAGGAAGAGGAGACACAGGGUGAAGCCACCAGAGCAGAGGAGGAGGAGACGCAGGGUGAAGCUGCUGGACCUGAGGAGGAGGCGGCGCAGGGUGAAGCUGCUGGAUCCGAGGAUGAGGAGAUGCAGGGUGAACCUGCCGGAGCCGAGGAAGAGGAGACACAGGGUGAAGCCACCAGAGCAGAUGAGGAGAUGCAGGGUGAAGCUGCCGGACCCAAGGAGGUGGAGACUCAGGGUAAAGCCACCAGAGCAGAGGAGGAGGAGACGCAGAGUGAAGCUGCUGGACCUGAGGAGGAGGCGGCGCAGGGUGAAGCCGCCGGAGCCGAGGAAGAGGAGACACAGGGUGAAGCCACCAGAGCAGAUGAGGAGAUGCAGGGUGAAGACACCAGAGCCGAGGAAGAGGAGACACAGGGUGAAGCCACCAGAGCAGAUGAGGAGAUGCAGGGUGAAGACACCAGAGCCGAGGAAGAGGAGACUCGGGGUGAAGCCACCAGAGCAGAGGAGGAGGAGACGCAGGGUGAAGCGCUGCCCACGACCCAGAUGGGACAAGAAUGGGGCUGGUGACCGACCGCACAAAACUGAUACCAAGUUACACUCAGAUAUUUAACCCCCUCCCAGUGUCCCAUCCGUAAGGAUUUACACCCAGGGGGGCAGUAAGGGCUGGCUGAAUCAAAUGACCAGUAUGAUUGGCUGUCACAGUGGUCACAUGAUCUGUAGCUGGUGCCGCUGGAUCCCGAGCUCGGCCACUUUGCUGUGAGCGCGUUCUCCAGCUCUGCCACCCAUGGGCGCAUUUGCGUGCCAUAAAAGCUUUCCCUCUUUCGUGGAUGUUCUCUUUUAUACAUCCCCUGCUUUCAUAAAUCAGGACAGCAACCUGCAGUAGCCAAUCAAAUUUCUGAUAACAGCAGAAAAGUAAACGGUAAAAUCUCAUUGGCUGACAAGAGUUAUGGCAGUUUUCGCCAAGUGACCCCGCAGCAGGGGGGGGGGGGCCAUGUCUGUGCGUCGUCCUGGCCGCAGUUUGGCACUUGGGGGGAGCAUUCCAGAGCCGUCACCUGAGGUUCCAGCCAGAGACACGGAGCCCCGGGACGCUGCUUGUUAUUCGACGCUCCAUUAA